CCUGUGCCAUGCUCAGCGCCCAGGAACGCGCCCAUGUCACCCAGGUCUGGGACCUGAUCGCCGGCCACGAGGCGCACGUCGGGGCGGAGCUGCUGCUCAGGCUCUUCACCGUGUACCCCAGCACCAAGAUUUACUUCCGGCACCUGGGCACCUGCCCGGACGAGGCGCAGCUGCAGAGCCAUGGACAGCGCAUGCUCGCGGCAGUGGGCGUGGCUGUGCAACGCAUGGACGACCUGCGAGCUGCUCUGAGCCCGCUAGCCGACUUGCACGCCCAAGUGUUGCGCGUGGAUCCCGCCAACUUUCCGCUGCUAAUCCAGUGCUUCCAAGUGGUGCUGGCCUCACACCUACAGGAUGAGUUCACCGUGGAGGUGCAGGCGGCGUGGGACAAGUUCCUGACAGGCGUGGCGGUGGUGCUGACGGAGAAGUACCGCUAAGCCCCGCAUCCCACAAGGCUUGAUCUGUUUUGUCAAUAAAAGGCUUCA